AUGGCCGAAAAAUCCGUGACCAUGAGGGCAGCUGUUGUCAAGCGCUCGUCGGACAGCUUCACUUUCGAGAUCUCAAGGGUGCAACGCCCCGUUCCUGGACCUCUGGAUAUCUUGGUCAAGCUUUCCGUCACUGGAGUCUGCGGGACCGACAUGGCGUUGGCUUCAGGUAAACUAGGGCCCACGCAGAGUAUUCUUGGUCACGAGGGUGUUGGGUAUGUCGUUCAACUCGGGACCAAUGUGCCCGCCUCAUCAAUCAAGAUUGGAGAUCGCGUAGGCAUUGCCUGGCUGCGCGACAUCUGUGGUAUCUGCGCCGCCUGCCUGCACCCGGCCGGCGAAACGCGAUGCCUUGAGCAGCUAAACUCUGGUCGAAAGAUUGAUGGCACUUUCGCCGAGUACGCAUUGGUGCCGUCGCGAUACAUCAUACGCAUCCCGGAGCACAUCAAAGCCCCCGAUGAGCUCAUUGCGCCAAUACUUUGUGGCGGAGUCACAGCUUAUUCGGCACUCAAGAACGCUGGUGGUACUGGUGGUCAAUGGGUGGCCAUCUCAGGGGCUGGCGGGGGAGUUGGCGGGCUUGCUAUCCAAUAUGCAAAAGCUUUGGGAUUUCAAGUCAUUGCGCUUGAUAUCGGCAGCAGCAAGCGCAUACUAUGUACAGCCUCCGGUGCGGACCAUUUCAUUGACGCUGCGGAGACGCAGGAUGUGAAGGCGCUGGUGUAUGAGCUCACGCGACAGCGUGGCCCGAGUGUGGUGCUCGCUUGUGCGACCUCGGGCAGGGCGUACAACACUGCUCUCGAUCUUAUAGCUCCCUUUGGGACCUUUGUUUGCGUGGGAAUCCCUCCGCCAGGCGAGCUGUUAUCUUUCCAUCCUCUCUUACUACUUGACUCUGGGGCCAGGAUCGUUGGGUCUACGGUUGGUUCGCGAAGGGAUAUAGCGGAAGCCAUUGACUUUGUAGAGCGAGGUCUCGUGAAACCUCACAUUGUCUUGAAGAAUCUAGAGGAUCUACCAGAAAUUGCGACAUCAUUUAACAUGGUAAGCACCUGA